AUGCAAGGCGUGGUCAUCGAGGAGCUAGUCCAAGUCGCCCACAGCUCUGCGAUCAACGCGUUCUGCUACAACGCCCGCCUUGACCGCUUUGCGACCACCGACGAACGCAGCAUCAAGCUAUGGCACCGCGACGGAGAAAUCCGCAGCGCAGCCUUGCCAGCGCGUACGUCAAACUUGGUGCAAACGAUCGAGUACAUUCCGUCGCGCAACUUGUACGUGGCGAGCUGCCUCGACGGUGCACUGCGCUUCUACGACGAGCACAUGGACGAGCUCGCCGUCGUCUUUACACACCGCGCGAGCAUCCUCUGUCUUGCGUUCGAUGAGCCGCGCCAGCGCAUCUUGACGGGCGGCGUCGAUGGCUGCGGUGCGUGGGUCCUGCGCGGCAAGGACUGGGACGGAUACGAGCACGAAGGCCAGACGCUACGCAACCCAGCGUACCAAGUCGCAGCCAGCGACGCGUUUACAAGAACUGGAACUACGUGGGUUCAGCGCAUGAAGCUCGAUUUGGACCGCGUCUACUUCUUGUCCAACAACGCUGUCCACGUCUACUGUCUGCUCGACAAUUCGCACGUUGAGACAAUCAAGAAACUGGUGAAAAAUGUCAAUGGUGCCAUCACCGACUUUGUCGUGUACAAGCAAAAGGCGAUUGUCGUCGGCUGCAUGGAUGGCUCGAUCUACGUCGCGACCUUGAACCCGCGGUCGACGCUUGCAGUCUUCAAGGACCACACCAAGCCCAUCACGGGCCUCGCGUUCGACGACGUGUCCCAAAGCGUCUUUUCCUCAUCGCUCGAUGGCACGAUCCGCAUGUGGGACCUCGACCUCCUCCGCAAUAUUCACCAAAUUCGUAUGGACGCCCCUGUCGCGGGUCUCUUCCUCGUCCCCAAGACCAACCCAAUUAUCUUUGCGGUCCAGUCGCGCCAAGCCAUGCGACUGCUUUUGCUCAAGUACACGCUUAAAGAGCACAGUGCGACGGCGUCGCCGCUCGCGAUUCUCUUCCGGGCGCUCGCACCGGGCAAACAGCAGCGGCACAAGCCGUCCUCGAACCCUCGGCCGCCAGUCAUGCGACGCAAGGUGUCCCAGAUCCCAAUCCAUCUCAUGGCAUCUCGAACACCAACGACACCGCCCUCACGCACAACUACGACGGCGGGCGACAACCUCUCGGAUUGGAGCGACACCCACGUUGUGAGCAUGUGCCAGGACCGGUCGGUGCGGAUCUAUGCGACACGGCGCAUGAACGUGCCGUCGGCGACGUGGACACCGGACGAAGCGGUGCUGCAAGACGUCAUUGGCAUCGCGUACAACCCGUAUGUGGACAUCUUGUACAUUUUGCUGAAAAAACGCAUUGCGGUCUACGACGUGGCGCUCGAUGUGACGACGCCAAUUCGAUGGAUUGAGAUUGAGAAUCGCGUCGUGAAGGCGAUUUGCUGCGUCUUGGCGCCGCCCAUCUUUCACUUGCACUCGCAACGCACGGACGCGGGUCGACGCGGCGCCAUCGUCCAGCAAUCCCGCUCCGACUACCUCGCCCAAGCCGCGCUCGAAGCGCAAAUGGGCGUCCACUGGCUCGCGUGCGGCUCGGACAAAGGCGACCUCCUCUUUAGCUCGUCCAUGCACGGUUCGCUGGACGAAGCGCUGCUGCAGCCAGGCCACGCAGCACCGAUCACGUACCUUGCGUUUACUAGUGUGGCGACCGCGACGCUCGUGAGCUUUGCGCACGACAAGACGCUCGGGCUCUGGCGCACGGCGCCGCGCAUGACGCGCCUCGCGAUGAUCACGCUCGGCGAAGUGCCCUCGUGCAUGAGCGUGUCGCCCACCGCGCAGCUGAUCGUCUGCGGCUUUGAAGACGGUCGCGUCGACUUCGUCGAUUUCGCCUGCGCCGAGCCCAAGCUGAUCUCGUCCGAAGUCAACCACUCGUCCAUGGUGAUUGCCGCCGACUGCUCGGACGAGCUCCACCUGUGCGUCACGACAAGCUUCGACAUGAGUAUCAAGGUCUGGGACCAGAGCAAGAACUUGCUGCGGGAAGUGCAAAUGUCGACGCCGCUCUCGUGCAUGUGCUUUGCCAAUGCCCAGGGCGACCUCUUCGUCGGCAUCCUCGAGAAGCUCUUCACGCUCGUGGCGGUCGACGUGCUCCCGACAAAGCUGCCGCUGCCGCGCGCGCUCGAGCCGCCAUCAACCGCCGCCGUCCUCGAGUCCAUCGUCGACUCCGAGUACGACCACGAGACCGAAGAGGCCACUUCCAAUCAAGAACCCUUCGAUGCUGAAGACACUGAGGAGCCCAUUGGCGAUCCAUUCGAGAAAUGCGUGCUGGUGAACGAGCGCCCGCAUACACCGCCCGAUCCAGAGGCUCCACCAUCGGUAACACUCCACGCCCGGCGACAUCGACGUCCUGUACCAAAACCGUUGCCACCAACCGCAAACGUACCCGUCUACAGCCCGCCCGUGCUUCGCCCGCUGAAGCCGUCGUCCACACUCAAGGUGGACGCCUUGUCGUUCGAGCCGCCACUGGACGACCCGUUGCUGCCAGCGCUGGGGCACUACGACGUUCGGACACUGCAGUUCCAGACCUUGAAGCUCGCCAAAGGGUCGUCGCGCAAGCGAGAUCAGUUGCGUCCGAGCGUGCCCGUCCAAAUCAAGCCCCCGCACAAGCCCACAAAAAGCGGCGAGCGUCCGGCAGCGGAGGACGUGCCGACGCCAUUGGCGCCCAUUUUUGACGCGCACGUGUCGAUGCCCGCCGUGACGCGCACGCCCCGCAAGCUAUGGAAUGCGAUCGGCGCCGAGGACCGCCGGCUCAUCGUGCUCCAGCGCAGACCAGGAGCCUAG